AUGAGUACCGAGAAGCAGCUCACAGACGCUGGGACACUGGACAUUGAAGAGGGCAAGGAAUUGGGCCACAAGUCAGCCGGCGAACACUCGAUCCGUAGCGCUUCGCCAGAGAUCGAAAGUACCCAGGAAACGAUAAAUUCGAUGGUCCUCGACGGUGGCGGCGAUGACCUGGUGAUCAUCGAUGAUGGCGGUGCCGUGGCUUCGGAUCGCCAGCGUGCAAUUUCGGCGAUGAUCCACGAGAUGGCAAUGCUUGCAACGGCAAAGCAGGAGAAAAGUGAGACAGAGACCGCGAACCCGCCAACUCUGAACACCGGAAUCACAGCCACCGACGUGACCGCGGAGCUACCAAGCAUUGCCUGCACCGCUGUCGAGCGUGAAAUACCGAUGACGGCUCCGGCGUUUUCGGAUACGGCCUCAACAACGACGACCAGCGAAACAAGCGACACGAGCAGCAACAGUAGCAACAGCAGCGAGGAGACGUCAUCGCAGUCAUCGGACGAUGAGGACUCGACCACCGAGUACACCAUGAGCUCGAGCAACACCACUGGCAUCGAGGUGGACAGCGACCAGAGCACCGAACCACAGAGCUCGGCAAGCUCCCAAUAUUCAAUGAUCAAGAGUUAUGUCGAAGGGAACACGGAUUCGGAAUACACCAUUGCCAAACAAGCUGACGACAAGAAGAGCGCCGAGAUGCGCAACCAAAUUGACACAGCAAAGGUUCAAUUUUACAUGAAAUGUUUCAUUUCUCGCUACUGCUGGUAUCUAAUCACAUCCCACGACUCGAUUCGCGGACAUCAGAAUUGCUAG